CUGACAUGGGAACUGAAACAAAAUGCUCCUAUUCCUUCAGAAAUUUAUGGUGGGAGAGGAUUGUAGAAGGGACCCAAAUACUGGAAAGUGUGUGAUCAGCAAAUUCUUCUCCCUGUAGGCAAACCUACAUGGGAAAUGAAAGCAUAAUGAGGAGGUUGAUGGAAAGAGGCAGGAGACUGGAACAAACAAGAAGAGAGGAGAAACUGCACACCAUGCUGUCCCUGAGAGAUGACAAGAGUAACCUCCUCGGUUCCUGACUUUAAAGUUCUCAAUUCCAGCCCCCUUUAAAUGAGGCAGACCCUCACAGCAAGAGGAGAUCAGCUGACCAUCCUUGAACUGCUCAAGCCCUUGGGUGUGAGCAAAACAAACUUGAAAAACUCACCAUUCCACUGGAAAAUUACAAGAUGUACCACCAGGAAGACGACACCAGCAGUGACAUGACCAGUGACGACGACAUGAGCCGAACUGGGAGAGAAACCCCACCACCUCGAUCAUCCCAUUCUUUCAGCAGUGACCGAGACCAGGAGCGCCGGGGUAGAAGCAGAGAUGUGGAGCCUCGAGACCGCUGGUCAUACACCAGGAAUCCCAGAAACAGGCUGCCUCAACGGGAUCUUUCUCUUCCUGUGAUGUCAAGACCACAUUUUGGACUGGAAAGAGAUGAUGACAGACAUUCCAUGGAUUAUGAGUCUCGCUCUCAGGAUGCUGAGUCAUACCAGAAUGUUGUGGAACUCAAAGAGGACAGGAAGCCUCAGAAUCCAAUUCAGGACAAUCUGGAGAACUACAGAAAGCUGCUCUCACUGGGAGUACAGCUUGCUGAAGAUGACCGACACUCUCACAUGACACAAGGCCACUCAUCAAGGUCCAAGAGAAGUGCCUACCCAAGCACAAGUCGAGGUCUGAAACCCAUGCCUGAAGCAAAAAAGCCAGCUCACCGCCGUGGAAUCUGUGAAGAUGAAUCUUCUCAUGGAGUGAUAAUGGAAAAAUUCAUCAAGGACGUGUCUCGAAACUCCAAAUCCGGAAGAGGGAGGGAACUGACUGAGCGUCCUCCUCCGAGGUUCCCCAGGCCCAGUGACAACUGGAAGGAUGGUUCAUCAAACAAAAGAGAGUCAGUGAUCCAGGAGAGGGGUUAUGAAGGGAGCAUGUUCAGGGGAGGCUUCAGGUUCAAUGCAGACUUGGUUUCCAGAAGCAGAGGUCUAGAAAGGAAGAGGCGUUACCAUUUUGAUUCUGAUGAGAAGGGUUCAGGUCAUGAGCAUAAGAGCUGUGUGAGGAAGAAGCCUUUUGAGUGUGGUAGUGAGAUGAGACAGGCGAUGAGCAUGGGCAACCUGAGCUGCCCUCCCUUCUCUGAGUCACAGUCAAUCGAUUUUGCGGCAGAUCCGUAUGUGUGUGAUGAGUGCGGGAGGUCGUUCAGUGUCAUCUCUGAGUUUGUGGAGCACCAGAUUAUGCACACUAGGGAGAACCUCUAUGAGUAUGGAGAGUCCUUUAUUCACAGCGUGGCUGUCAAUGAGGUGCACAAAGGUCAGGGUGGGGGAAAACGCUUUGAGUGUAAGGAAUGUGGAGAAACCUUCAGUAGGAGCGCCGCCCUGGCUGAGCAUCGCCAAAUCCAUGCUAGAGAGUAUCUUGCAGAAUGUAAAGAUCAGGAGGACGAGGAGACCGUCAUGCCCAGUCCUACCUUUAGUGAGCUGCAGAAGAUGUACGGCAAAGACAAGUUCUAUGAGUGCAAGGUAUGCAAGGAGACCUUUCUGCACAGUUCUGCCCUAAUCGAGCACCAAAAAACCCAUGGUAGAGGCAACCCCGGAGAUGACAGAGAUGAGCGCGAGCGCAUGCGUGCACGUGCAUGGGAGCAGCGGGAGCGUGAACGCGAGCGUGAGCUUGGAGAACCCUUUCUGACCUGCCCAAACUUCAAUGAGUUUCGGAAGAUGUAUAGGAGAGAUAAAAUCUAUGAGUGUAAGGUAUGCGGAGAGAGCUUCCUUCAUCUCUCAUCCCUGAGGGAACAUCAGAAAAUCCACACUAGAGGAAAUCCAUUUGAAAACAAGAGCAGGAUGUGCGAGGAGACCUUUGUCCCUAGCCAGGCCCUCAAAAGGCGACAGAAAACUUACCGGGAGAAGCUGUUCGACUUCAACAAUGCCAGAGAUGCUUUGAUGGAAAGCUCAGACCCCGGUGAGCAUCAGAAAAAUCGUUCUUGGAAGCAUUUCUUUGAUGGCAGAGGAUAUGAAAAACCCUUUGCCGAAUCUCAGAAGAGUCAUACUAUAACAAGACCACCUGAAAACAAAGAAGAUGACAAGCCGUUCACCAUUAGCACCAAUCCUAAUGACAAGCUGAAAUUUCCCACAGUGGAAAGUGGCUGCCAGGAGAAAUCCUGUGAGAGCUCUGUUAUUCACAUCUUGGGCCCUGCAGAAGCUCAGAAGAGUCAUGGUGUACUGGGGUUCACUAAACCAAAACCAGUGGCCGAGUCUAGCACCCAGAGCUCAGGCAGUAUUGGCCACCCCAAAGUCCACUCUGGAGGGAAUAGCUAUGAAGGAAAGGAAUACAAGGGAUCCAACAUCCACAGCUUGCCUGCUCCUCGACCUCUGAAACGUCACAGAGCAAAUGACCAGUAUGAUGAGGAAGGAGAAUCCUCCAUUUACAUCUCAGAUCUUAACAAUAAGCGAAGGAAGAUUCCUACCAGAGAAGACACUUAUGAAGGAAACAGCAGCAACAACCACAAGGAUUUCAUCACACCAAGUCUAUUGAGUGCUGAGCCUGCAAGUCUUUCUGGAGAGUCUCGUGAUCCUAAUCAAGAUGUCACAUUUUCAGUUCCCAGCUCAAGUGUUCGUGAACACCAGAAAGCUCGUGCCAAAAAGAAAUACAUUGAGUCCAAGAGCAAUGAAGCUUCUGUUAUCCACUCCCUACCUUUUGGUGACCUGCAAGCAAUUCGCCGCCGUAGAGCAAAGUUCUUUGAGUGCCAGGAAUGUGGGGAGAUCUUUGCUCAUAGAUCUGACCUCAUUGAGCACCAGAAGAUUCACGACAGAGAAAGGCCUUCUGGAAGCCGACAUUAUGAGCAAUCUGUCAUCCGCAGCUUUGCCCCUAGUGACCCUCAGACCAGUUAUGCCCAAGAACGUUUUGUUCAAGAACAAGUACGCAAAUUCAGAGCAUUUGGACAACGCUCUGCGACCAGCAACAACCUCAGUGUCCAGAAAAUCUAUGCCCAAGAGAAGUUUUAUGCCGAGGAGCCCCAUGAUAAAGAAACUCAUGGUCAAAAGAUUCAUGACAAAGAGCCAUAUGGUAAGGAGCCUCAUGGUGAUGAGCCCCAGGACAAGGAACCUGUUGAUCAGGAGAUGCACAGUGAAGAGCCCCGUGGUGAUGAGCCUCAUGGUCAGGAGCCUCAUGGUGAUGAGCCCCAUGACAAGGACCCUCUUGAUCAGGAAAUGCACAGCGAAGAGCCCCAAGGUGAAGAGUCUCAUGGUGAUGAGCCCCCUGGCCAGGAGAAAGCUGAAGAUACUACCAUUCAGGCGUCAGGUUCCGAUGAGCAUCAGAAAGAUGAUGCUAGUGACACUAUAUAUGAAUGCCAGCACUGUGGGCUGGGCUUUGCUGAUCUCACAGACCUCACAAGCCACCAGGAUGUCCACAGCAGAAAGUCUCUGGUUGACAGUCGCGAAUACGCACAUUCUGAAGUUCAUGUCCACUCCGUCAGUGAAUUUGAGAAAAAAUACUCUGGAGAGAAGCUGUAUGAAUGUCCAAAAUGUGGGGAAUCUUUUAUUCACAGCUCAUUGCUUUUUGAGCACCAGAGAGUCCACGAACAAGACCAGCUGUAUGCUGUAAAGGCCUGUGAUGAUGGCUUCAUCACUCUCUUGCCUGUGAGGCCCCGGAGAAAUUGUGCUGCAGAAAGGGAUCCUGCUGUCGCUGGCUCAGCCAUUCGAUGCCGUCAGUGUGGACAAGGCUUCAUUCACAGUUCUGCCCUAAAUGAGCACAUGAGACAACACAGGGAUGAUGAAAUACUGGAGCAGAGUGAGUUGGCAGAAGAGAUUUUCAUUCAAGGCCUAGCCCUCACUGAGUAUCAGGGAAGUGAAACCGAAGAGAAGCUUUUUGAGUGCACAAUCUGUGGGGAAUGCUUCUUCACUGCCAAACAGCUGGGAGACCACCACACCAAAGUUCACAAGGAUGAGCCCUAUGAGUAUGGGCCAUCCUACACCCAUGCCUCCUUCCUCACUGAGCCCCUCAGGAAACACAUCCCACUGUACGAAUGCAAAGAUUGCGGGCAGCCCUUCCUAGAUGACACCGUCAUCACUGAGCGUAUGGUGUUUCAUCCUGAGCGAGAAGGAGGGUCUGAAAUAGUAGCUGCCACUGCCCAAGAGGUCGAAGCCAAUGUCCUCAUUCCACAAGAAGUACUGCGAAUCCAGGGGUCAAAUGCAGAAGCUGCUGAGCCUGAAGUAGAGGCCGCCGAGCCUGAAGUGGAGGCUGCAGAGCCAGAGGUGGAGGCUGCGGAGCCUAAUGGAGAAGCUGAAGGGCCAGAUGGAGAAGCUGCUGAGCCAGAUGGAGAGGCUGAGCAGCCCAAUGGAGAAGCUGAACAGCCAAACGGUGAUGCUGAUGAGCCUGAUGGAGCCGGGAUCGAAGACCCAGAAGAGAGAGCCGAUGAGCCAGAGGAAGAAGAGGUUGAAGAGCCAGAGGGAGAUGCAGAUGAGCCCGAUGGUGCAGACAUCGAAGACCCAGAAGAGGAAGGAGAAGAUCAAGAGAUUGAGGUUGAAGAACCGUACUACAACUGCCACGAGUGCGCAGAAACCUUCACUUCCAGCGCAGCGUUUGGAGAGCACCUGAAGAGCCACGCCAGUGUGAUCAUCUUUGAGCCUGCCAAUGCUCCCGGAGAGUGCUCUGGCUACAUCGAACAGGCCAGCACCAGUGCAGGUGGUGCCGAACAGGCUGAUGACAAGUACUUCAAAUGUGAUGUGUGUGGGCAGCUCUUCAACGACCGCCUCUCCCUUGCCAGACAUCAGAAUUCUCACACUGGCUGAAGAAAAACAGAAAGAAACCAAAUCUUACUCCCAGAACCAGACCCUUAAAUCAAAGAGAGAGCCUACACCAACCCAUAAUGUCAAUAAGAAAUUCAACUUUCUAUAUACAUCCUGGACUUCACAUCGGAUAACUGUGAAUGAAAAGGGACAAAGAGAUUGAAUACAGAGAUUCUUUCAGUCUUAGCUCUUCUCUACUGAGCAUCAGUAUACACUUGGGAAAGCUAGAGUUCACACCUUCCCUUUCAUCCGAGUAGCUAGAUUGAGGGAAAACCUGGUGACUAUUCAAGACCACAGAGGUUGCCCCAAUCGACUGUACAUGAUCCCCUUUCAUACCCUAUACAUAAGAUUCCUGCCGUGUAUAUAAAUGAGCAAAUCACAGUGAAUCAGUGAUACUUAUAUUUGGAUUUAGUGUGCUAUAGAAUUUAAAGUUUACUCACAGAGCUACCUAGCCUGGUGCUCUGAUUUUUUUUUCCUGAGGAGGAAGAGAGCAACAAUUUAGCAUAUAUUUGUAAGUGUUGUCCAUCCUGCGGAAGCUUUACUGUGCAUCCCUUGAUCGCCAUUAGUACCCUUUCCAGUAAUGGAAUGUUUUGUCCCCUACCUCUUAGAUAGUCCUGUGAAGGUGUGAGUGUGAAAGAUCUUUGAAUCCUGGCUGUGUGAAAACAGACAUCAUUUUAGCUUCCAUAGCCAUUUGAUGUGCACCCAACCCCCUUGAGACUGACUGUAUAAACCUUUAUAAUAUAUGGAUUUGUCUUUGUGACCCAAAUCAACCCAUCCCCAUAUUUUAUGUACCUUAUAGUGGUUUUCAUGCAAAAAAAAAAUGUUACAUUUGAGGUGUUUUUUUAAAGUUUCGGUUUUUGUUUUCUAGCCAAUUUGUGUAUUCAAUAGUGAAUUCAUGAAACCUGAAGCUUUCCCCUGUAAAUCUUAGUGUCUUUGCCUUUAAAGAGUGGGUGGCGACCAUCACUAGAUCACAGUAGUGCCUAAUGAAGGUUGGGAACCACAGGAGAGGCUCUUACAUUGUAAAUAAGGAAGCAGACUGACACCCUUUCAUUAACUCUGCUGUGUGCUUCCUGCCUUAAGUGACAAGUGGCAGUGUCUGUCACCUGUGUGGUAUUGUCUGUGCUUGCCACAAGUCACUGUGCUCCCUGGGUGCCCAGGAGCUAUUAUCCUUAGAUCUCUGUAUCUCCAAACUUAACUCCUCUGUUCUUUAUGUGUCUGUCAACCCCAAGUCUAAUUUGCAUUAAAAAAAAAAAAAAGCAAAAACACACAUUAAAAAAAAAAAAGCUUUCUUUAUAGUUAAUCCUAGCUUAACAUGGACUCAGGUUCCCCAGCAGCCUUAAUUUGUUUUUUGUUACCAUUGUUCUUUCUCAUUGAGCCCUCCUAAGUGUUUCUGAGCUUUCCAUUUAAUGUCCUGUCUGUCUUGAUGUCAUCAAUUGUCCUCUUGAUCACAAAAUGACUUCCCAGCUUGAGAUUUCCUGCGUCCUAUAUAUGGACUGCCUGCGCUCCUUUUCUUCCCCUUCCCUCGCAUAAUGGCUAUAUAAAGACAAUUUUUUGGCCUUCAGUUGGCUGGGGAAAAAAAAAUUUAAAAAUUUAAAAAAUAAAAAAAAAUAAGCAGAUCUGUAGCUGAAAGAUCAAAAGAUACGUACAGAUCAUCUUCUAAAGCGAAGAGAGAUACCUGCUGACUCUGACUCUUAAUUUUCUAGAUCUGUAGUCUGGAGCUCAUGGGGGAGUGUGUCAAAGCCUUGCUGAAUGCCAAAGUCUUCGGAGGUUGGAGAGCUAAGAGUAAGAAACAGAAAUGCGUGAGCCAAAGCAGGGAGUUCCAAGAUGACAGCAGAUCUAGGAAGGAAAUAAGACAGACUAUAAAACACCAGCAGCAGGAAUUGGAAGGUCAGGGUGGUAAAAACAAAUUUUAUGAGUGUCCUGUGUAGUUGGAAGAAAGGCCUUUCUGAUGGCAUGGUGUAAGUGAAGGUCAGCUGCAUAGAGAGGCCCCAGGUUGGAACUGACACCAAGGAAAUGGGGGGGGCAAUAAUGCAUUGGGGGAAGCACCCUUGAAAUGGAAGUCAGUGUCAUAGUCAUCUGGCUAAAAUUGGGGAUUGACAGUAUACCCUAUGAGACCCUUUACAGAAAGGAACUUGUCAAAAAUUCAGUGUCCAUUCUAACCAUCACAGAGUGAGGAGAAGAUUAGGAUCAGUUGACAUGCCAGAGUAUAGACAACUAAGUCAGGGUGCCCCCGGAUGCCUAUGCAGUUGUGUAGAGGUGAUACUCACAAAGUGUUGUGAAGCAGAUAUUCACAGAAUAUGAAGUGGAGGAAGCAGGACACAAAAUUAUAUUUAUACUACAAUUACAACUGUUUUAAAAUGUAUGCUUAUAAUCAAAAGCUAUUGUGUUGUCGUAGUUAUAGUUGAGCAUUAUUUUCUUAAAUUUUUAGAAUAUUCUUUAUAGUAGUUUACUCAAAAGUUAAGGAUCAUAUUUCCAUCAUGAACAUAAUUGAAUUCAUUAUGAAGAACUUGGAAAAUAACAGAAAAGUGGAGGAAAGAUAAUCCAUGUCCCCACCAUCCAAAGAUAGAUAUACUCUUUAAUAUCUUGUUUAUUCUUGUUGCUGUGCACAGGUUUAUAUAUUAUAACUGUGUCAAAACGUGUAUUCAAGAUAGUUGUUCUAGUAUUCCUGUAAAAUUACAGUAAAAUACUUUGAUCUGAAGUUUUCCCUAAGCUCCUUGUAAUAGUCACCUGAUAAUAAAGUUUGGUAUGUUAUGUCACCAUUAUAAGCAUACUAUCUAUGUACCCAGUGAAAAUUGGAAAAUACAGUAAAAUUGAAAAGAAAAAUCUGCCCACAUUCCCCACAUUCAACAACUGUUAAAUCUUCAUCUGUGCCCUCCAUCUUGUGUCAUCGCACAAACUUGUGAUUGAAACAGUGUUAAAUAGUCUAAAGCAAAAAAGAAAUGUGGGAAACAAUUAAAAAUAGUGUUUGGGGGGGGUCAUGAUUAAAUAUUUUGUUCCAAAUUUCUUGAAUAAUCUUCUGGUGUUUGGGUAACAAACUUUAAGUAAUGUACUCUGCAUCACAAAUAUAAGAUAUACUCAAAGAAAACUGGGAAACUGUGGUGAAGUAGAAAAAAAUUGUAUUUCCAACAAACUCGUGGUAACACCUGGAUCUGUGCACCACAUGUGUGAUUAUUAGGGUGUCCAUGAUAGUGUCAACAGCAGGAAGAAGUGUGGAGAAGUGUGGAAUGGAAUCGUGGGGUAGCUGUGGUGAGAUUCCAGUGAAGUGUGUUUUCUCAGUUUCUUUGAGGGUCUUUAAUCAUAGCGUUCUAGUAGGCUGCCCUUUUGCUUAUAUUUCCAUUAUAUAUGCAGUAUGUGCCCAUUCUAGUAACCUUGAAGAUGUGGAAACGUAGAGAGAAACUCACCCAUAUUUUCAUCACCCAAAGACUGUGUUAACACCUAUAUUUUCUUUGUCUUGUUUCUGUGCACAGGCUUUUGGUUUGUUAAUAUGGUUGUAGUUGUUCUAUCUUGUAAUAGUGUCAACAAUAAAAAAUAAAGUUAAAAAUCA